AUUAUCGUCUAGAGCUGAAACAGAUGGUCAAUUAAUCAAUUAGCUGAUUGACAGAAAAUAAAUCAGCAAUGACUUUGAUAAUCAGUGAAUCAUUACUUUGUUUUAAAUCAUUGGAAACUGAAUGUAUUUGGGUUUUGGAGCGCUGGUUGGAGAGAGGACUUUGACAUUUUCUGACUUUUUAUAAAACAAACAAACAGAGUUAUUAGUGAAAAUAAGUGGCAGAAUAAUCAAUGAUGAAAAUAAUUGUUCAUUAUUCUAAAGCUCAAAUCUUUAAGUGUUUUGCCUUGUCCAAGUAAAGAUUUUCAAUUGACAGAGAUGAUGAGGGAAAAAUGACUUUUCAUCUCUUUAUACAUUAACUGGUUGUCAAACGAUUCAUAUUCUAUCGAUGAACUAAUCAGUUAAUUCCUCGUUUCAGCUCUGUGAGGCACAGAACUGCAAAUUAAACUGGACAUAGUCAACAUCUGAAACUACACUGGACUUUAAGGUGGAGACAGUUUGAACCAACUUGGGGUCAUAAAAUCCAACAAAUAGUUUAUUGACUUUCAGCAGAUUCUCUCGGGUUAAGAUGAUUAAACGAGCAGAAAAAGCGAGAAAACACUUUUUCAUCACGUCCAUGUAACUAGCAAACAGAAAAACCCCUUCACAUAUUACAAACCAAAAAACUCCCUUUUUUCCACUCUGGCAGAUCUGUUAGCUGAGAUCAAUGGGCAGCAUGCUCCUGCAUUGAUCAUCUCACAGCCAUAACCGGCUGCUGCUGAGCCGACGGGACAGAGGAGGUGGUCUGUCAUGAGAUCUCGGCUGAGGGAGCGAGGGAGGAAACCAGGUAACACUGACGCUCUCUGACCGACAAAAUAAAUUACAGACAAUUAUUGAGACUCUCACGUGUUUUUAAUGUGACGAGAAAUUCACUGGAGUUGAAAAGAAUCUGGGUUUAAAGCUCUUCCUUUUCAAAAGGCAGCAUAUUUCCAGCUGUCAAUUCAAUUUACUGAUUUUGCUCUCUGCCGUCCUCAAUAAUGGAGGUGAAUGAUAGCAGCCGGCCACAAGGAAACACCAUUCAAUUGCAUUUUGCUCUGAAAAACCAGUGGAUAUUACUGCAAACAAAGGAGUGUUUUCUCUCCCUGUCACACUUCACAAACAUGUCGCAGGUAAAAUGUAGGAAAUAAAGAGUCAUAAUGAAAAUAAUCCAUGCAUUAUAUUAAUGUAACAUUCCUUUUUUUCAUCACUGACUGUAACACUCUCCCUCUGGCAGCCUGCUGUGUUGUAGCUGUCUGCCAGAUUAGAUGACAAAGGCUGUUAUUAGCAAAUAAUCAUCUGGCAGAGAUGAUACAGGAAAAUAAUGUCAAAACACAACUUUAGUGAAAAACACAGAAAAGGCCUGAGAUUCAUUCAGAUGUUCUUAACAAUCUAAUGAUUUGAUGCUCUUAAAGAGGAGGAGGAUGACUUGCAAGAAAAUGACAAGUCAACCAGCUUCACAUACACAGAGACAGAAAUAAGCAGAAUCCACUGCAGAGGAAUUAGUGCGUGGUAUUUUGAGAGUGAACACCAUCAAAACCCUCCAACACAAUGGCUGCAUGUUAAACCUUUUUGUUUUAGCUGGGCCAUUUAAUGAGCCUCUAUUCUUCUCCUGGGCUGCAGAAAUAACAAGAAGUGAGGCCAGAGCCACUCAGGAAGAACGGCUCAGAGAAAUGUACAGUUUGGUAGAAAAUGACCAGUUUGCUCAAACUGCUGCAGGUUGUUCCAGCUGAGUUUGUCUGCAGUAUUUUCCCUUGGAGCAGGUCUGCUGUAAUUAGUCUGCCUGGUAUCUUUUCCUGCUCUGGUCUAAUUACAGAAGCAUAUGAGAUGAGCUCAGCCUCCUUCUCUGCAUCCUGAGUCUCACAGGGAGCUGGACCAGAGCCAGACCUAUAACAUGACCCCGCCGCACCUUGGUUUCUCCGGAGGUCUCGCUGUCUCUAUCUCGUGGUUCGAUCCAGUACUGCAGCAGGUAGCUUCACUCUUUCAUGUUCCAACUCAAGUGAUUUCUAAUCUGAGAGACUGUGAGGAAAAUAAAAUAACCAACAACUCCCAGAGAUCCUGCGUUUCAGCCGGACCUGUCUCACUGCUCAGGGGAGAGACAUCAGUCAUCAGAUGUGCAGAAUGGAGACUGGCGUGGCGCAAACCGUCUGCUCGUCUGGACAGAAAUAGGUGAUGAUAGUUACUGUCCCCGGUCUGUGGAGAGGGUCCGGUCAGAUCCACUUUCACCGUGAGUCAGUGCGCAGCAGGGACGCGUGCAGCACAGAGGCUGUCAGUCCUCUCCAUCCCUCCCAUUGGCUGCAGCAGGAUGCUCCGUGUCUCUCCUGUUUCCUUGAUCCUCACAUGCAGCUGAAGCCGACGCAGGUUCGCAAUGGAGCGGGAGAGGGAGCCUUCACCUGUAGAUAUUUGACAUUAACCGGUGUUUCCCCACCGCCAAAAAACCACCAGGCGCUCCUGAAGUAAACACUCGGCUCCUCGGAUAUCGCGUCGCUGCACAGCCGCUGGAAAUAACUUCAUUAUUCCGGGUUUUUCUUUCUUUCGUUCUUUUGCGGGCGGCUGUCGCCCCGUGCUCCGGUAUAACGGGAUACUGCAGGCUGUAUGGAGGGAUGUCGGCAUGGCUUGCACCAGGAGAACCAAAACUUUGGUGUCCACAUGCGUGAUCCUGAGCGGCAUGACCAACAUUGUUUGCCUGCUCUAUGUCGGAUGGGUCACUAAUUACAUCGCCAACAUUUACAUCAAAGUGCCGAUGCCUUUAGCGGAGAGAAAGUUAGAGGGAGACAAGAGAGGCGACACUCUCCGGAUCAUGGAGAGGCUCGACCGGCUGGAGAAUGUGGUCAACCAGCACAUUCAAGAGACUCCAGGGAGGGGAGAGGAUGGUCAGACGGACACGUCAUUCUCUGAUUCGUCGCUGUUCACUCACUGGGGCCAGGAGCUCAGCCCGGACAACCGGCGGGUGGCGCUGAAGAUGUUCCAGUACUACGGCUAUAACGGCUACCUCAGUGAUCGUCUCUCUUUAGACAGGCCAAUACCAGACCUGAGGCCUGAUGGGUGCAGAAACAUCACUUAUCCUUUAAACCUUCCUCAAGUGAGCAUCGUGUUCAUUUUUGUGAACGAAGCCUUGUCCGUCAUCCUGCGGUCCAUUCACUCUGCCAUCAACAGGACGCCGUCCCACCUCCUCAAGGAGAUAAUCCUGGUCGACGACAACAGCAAUAACAAUGAGCUGAAGGAGAAGCUGCAGGAUUUCGUGUCUGAGACCAACAGCCAGCGUCCAGGAUUCAUUAAGAUGGUGCGGCACGCCAAGCAGGAGGGUUUGAUCCGGUCCAGAGUGAGCGGGUGGAGGGCUGCCACCGCUCCAGUCGUUGCCCUGUUUGAUGCCCACGUCGAGUUCAACGUCGGCUGGGCUGAACCCAUCCUGCAGAGAAUCCAAGAAGACAGAACUCGGAUAAUCUCUCCGUCAUUUGACAACAUCAAGUACGACACGUUUGAGAUCGAGGAGUAUCCGCUGUCUGCCCAGGGCUUCGACUGGGAGCUGUGGUGUCGCUACCUCAACCCGCCCAAGUCCUGGUGGCACAAGGGCAACAAGAGCGCUCCGAUCCAGAGCCCGGCCCUGAUUGGCUGCUUCGUGGUGGACAGGCUGUACUUUGAGGAGAUCGGUCUGCUGGACGAGGGGAUGGAGGUGUACGGGGGAGAGAACGUGGAGCUGGGCAUCAGGGUGUGGCAGUGUGGCGGCAGCGUCGAGGUCCUGCCUUGCGCUCGCAUCGCGCACAUCGAGCGCGCUCAUAAACCCUACACCGAGGACCUGACGUCCCACGUGCGGCGAAACGCCCUCAGAGUCGCAGAGGUUUGGAUGGACGAGUUUAAAAGCCACGUCUACAUGGCCUGGAAUAUUCCCCUGGAGGACUCAGGGAUUGAUAUCGGUGAUAUCUCUGAGAGGAAGGCUCUGAGGAAGAGGCUGCAGUGUAAAACUUUCCGAUGGUACCUGGUCAACAUCUACCCCGAGAUGAGGAUGUACAGCGACACCAUCGCAUAUGGAGUGCUGAAAAACUCUCUGAAGAACGACCUGUGUCUGGACCAGGGGCCCGACAACGACAACGUCCCCAUCCUGUAUCUCUGUCACGGGAUGACACCUCAGAACGUGUACUACACCAGUGCUCAGCAGCUGCACAUCGGGCUCCUCAGUCCCACCGUUGAUGACGACGACAACAAGUGCCUGGUGGAUGUGAACAGCAGACCUCGGCUCAUCGAAUGCAGCUACGCUGCAGCCAAACGCAUGAAGCUCCACUGGCUCUUCACUCAGGGAGGAUCCAUUCAGAACAGGAAAUCAAAGAGAUGCCUAGAGCUUGUAGCGAGCAGUGACAAUGAGUUCGGCUACCAACUGGCUCUGCAGAAAUGCACCGGGCAGAAGUGGUUCAUCACAAACGUGCUGUUUAGCAGCUCGUUAUGAUGGACGGCUGAAAGAAGACCUGAGCGAACACCGGACUGGACCGAGCUGUUUUCUUUUGUGUGCACGCGUGUCUGCGUGUGUGAAAGGGUAAGAAGAUGGCACUUCAUUCUGAUGAGCGGUCGACAUCACUUCAUAAAUGUUAAACAUUUUAUUUUGCCUACAGGAUCAGCCAUAGUUGGCGGAUAUUUUGCAGAUUUGACAAGGUAGUUCUUUAGUAUAUUUUGUGGUAAAUACAGUUCAGUCAGAUUUUCGUUGACUUUAAAGAUGUUAUGGGUCCAAUAUGGUUUUGUACUUUAUUCAUAUUUGCUACCGUGUAGCAAGCUUUCUGAACCUGUCCCUGCUGUAAGUAUUUUAUUUUAGUGUCUCAGGUUUGUAGGUUUAUUAUGCGACUCAGCUGUAAAGUUGUGGGAAAAUGUUGGAAUAAAUCUGAAAACAAUGCGUAAUUUUCUAAAUGUAAAUAUUUCAAAUAUUUGUAAUAUAUAACAGUAAAAUACCUGAUGUAAA